AUGAAUAGACAACUCAAUCUUAGUUCCAAUUAUGAAAAAGAAAUAGAAACUUCCAAAGAAAAAGCAGCUGAUAAUUCCGAUAGACAAAAUGUAGGUAGUGAUUCUACUAGACAAAAUGAAGGUGGUACCCCUAAUCGUGCACAAGUUUGUCGUAAGGCAACACAAGAGUGGAACAAAAUUAAAACCAAAAGCGUGGAGGAAAUAAACAAUAUAAUAAAGGCAUAUUUGACUACGCCAUUUAAUCUAUAUAACAUACAAACAAUGAAAUUAAGAAAUUUUGUGCCUAAAGAAAACUUAGCGCCUUCCCAUUCUACUAUCUAUUCAGUAGAAGACCCUGUAUCUGAAAUUCCACCAAAUGCAGUAGCACAAAAGAAUGCAGCAAACGCAAUCGAAACAGCUAAAAAAAAACUUUUAGAACUUAAGCAAAUAUACAACAUUACAACAGACCCUCAGUUUCGAUGUGAAAUAUAUAAAAAAAUAGAAGAAUUUCAAACACAAAUACAAGCUAAUAAAGAUAGAAUUGUCAAAUUAAAAAGAAACACAAA